AGCUAUGAAAAGAAAAAUAAAACAAGUGAAGAAAAUAGCAACCAAUGGGUUAUAUGGUAAGAAAAAUACAAGCUUUUUUUGUAAUCUCAAACUCACGCAUUGUUUCCAUCAAUUCAAUGGCAGAAACGGAACCCAAACCAAAAGGUUCGCUUUCAGAAAAUGAUGUGAAAUCUCCAAACAUUCUUGAGCGAGCUAAGGAGGAAAUUAAAGCGGUGUUCAAAGAUGACAAAUCGCCUCGCCACCACAAAGAAACCCAUGGGAGAAACGAUGACAUUGAUGAGCGAACUUCUGUCGAAGAAGUGAAAGCUCCGAGUGUUUUUGGAAGGAUGAAAGAGGAGAUUGAAGCUGUAGUUGAAGCCAUUCAUCCCAAGAAAGAAUCUGACACUAAAGACUCUCCAUCAAAGUGAUCAUAGCUAUUAGCUAGAAAGGAUGUACCUUUAAAUUUUGUAACAAAGAGUAUGUAUCAACCUUGUACUCUCAAUGAUGUUAACCAUCAAAACUACUAUGUUUGCUCUGUCUAUUUUUUGUUGUUGUCAAUGUUUCCUUUAGAUAUGAAAAGUAAAGUAUUCUUCUUUUCCAUGGA